AUGAAAACUUGCGCAGUCUUCUUGUUGGUGCUGUGUCACCUGGCUGUCAGUCAUGCCUGGACCUGCGGGGAGGCGCCGAUGCUGUACAAUGCUCAACAGAUUGAAGCUGGGCAGGGGAAAGUGGUUGCAAGAGAUCGCAGCAACUAUCCCUAUUUCCUGAUUGGAUCAUCUUGGAUCAGACUGAGCUAUGUGAGAUUCAGACAAAUCACAGUGGGGCCUGCAGGACUUUGGGGAUGUGACACCAGCAGCAGGGUCUACAAAUACGUAGCAGGCAACUUUCAACGGUCCUAUGGUCUCUCUAUGAGUCAGCUGGAUGCUGGAGGUGAUGACCAGCUUGUUGGAGUUACUACCAGAUCACGUGCCUACUGUCUGAGAGCUAGCACAGCCUUGACCCACAGGGGAUUGACCUCCCUGUCCUGGUCUUACCUGUCAAGGACUUUCAGGCACAUCAGCUGCAGCCCACAAAACGGGUGCUGGGGAGUCGACACAAGCUACCGAGUCUACCACACACGGACAAUGUCAUCAAACUGUGUCGCUGCUUCCUGGACCCUAGUAACAGGACCUAGAAUGAAACUGGUUGAUGUGGGGACUGACGGAACCGUUAUUGGAUUGACCACAGCAGGCCAGGUCUACCAAAGAGUUGGCACCUCCACUAGUCGCCCAGCUGGCUACGGUUGGUCCUCCAUCACAAUGUGCAUGGGAAUCCGUGACCUGAGCUACGACCUGGGCCAACUCUGGGUCGUUACCAAUGCCGGUUUCAUCUUGAAGUGCAGAGGUUAAGGCUACCUGUAUGGCAGGCGCCCAGUGUGCACAUUUAUCUGUUUGACAUGAAAGAUUGAAUCUUGUCAGGAACAGAAAUCUUUAAGUGGUGUUUUGGCUUCAUAUAUCUGAUUCUUAGAUGCACAGGAACGAUUCAGCAUCAAUGCACAAAUGUGUUUUAUCUUACCUUAAAUAAUGGUGUUUUAUGAAUAAAUAUAUUAUCUCUUAAAUGACAUUGGGUAAAUUACUUUUUAAUUCAAACUUAUUGUGACCAGCUAUACCAUACCUUU